UUUACAGUCAGAGAGAAAAACACAACGUCAACUUGCCUGACCAAGACAUUUGGAAAUUAUCCCACAGACCUGUGAUGUACAUUCCAACAUUUAGACCUUAGGAGGAACCGAUUCAGGAAAAUCUACAGACCUUAAUGGAUCAAACAAUCAGAGAGAAACUACAGGAGCAGCUGAGUGACUACAUCUUAGACACUCUCAAAUACACUGCGACUGCGAAGGAGUUUUGUGACAGAGAGUCCAAAUGGACUCUACAGAGAGAGACCGAGCUCGACAAGAUGAUAGACAUCAAAGACCGGGCCGAUCAAAUCACUCUGAAGUUUGAGCAUGUUCAGAAGGCUGAGAACAAGCCCAAAGCGUUUGGCGAAUACAUGCUAAGUAGCUUAACUCAAUUUAAAGCAGAUUCCAAAAGGCAGGUGCUGGAGAAGGAGCUGGGAGAAGUUCUGAAGAACACAUUAGAAGGCCUGGAGAAACUUCAACACUUCCUGGUUGCAGUGGAGAAGCUCGCCGUCACGUCACUGUUCGUCUUCAUGGGCGAGAGCUUCAUGCCAAAGGGAGUGAGUUCCAUGUCCGUACGCUCAGUGAUCUCUGCAGCCAGAAGGGUGUCUCCUCUCCUCGUCUACUUCAAGAGAGACGAUGGAGCUUACUUCCUGCCGAGUCUCAGCAACGUGGAAGUCCUGGCCUUCCAGCUGGAAAAAUACAUCCGCGUCACACAGCAGAUCUGUAAGAAGAUGGAGUCUUUUUUAUCCAGGAUCAUCUCAGGCCCUGAAGGUGUUCCUGAAUGGAUAAAUGGGAAGUCUUCAGUGAAAUUAGACUUCAUCAUGAGUGAGGAGCAGAAACUGUGUGAUCAUUUACUCCAGCUAACCAAAAUCAGGACGGACGAGUCGUUCAGGUUGACUUUCCUGUUCGGUGUGAAGGCACAAGACUUCAUUAAGUUAUUUAGUGAGCGUCACUCCAGAAUGCUUCAGUUCCUGUGUGAUUUUGAUGAAGCUGCAGUUCAGUUGAACAAGAUGAAGCUGGGCUCCAACAUCUCCACUGUGGCUGGAAGUUCAGUCGGUAUUGCAGGAGGUGUUUUGUCCAUCGUAGGUUUAGCUCUCGCUCCCGUUACUGCAGGCGUGUCUUUGGCUCUCACACUCACAGGUGUUGGUCUCGGAGUCAUCAGUGGAGCUAACAGCAUCGUUACAGGCAUCACUGAAAUGGCAGUCAAUAAACAUCAUGGAAAAAAUGCCAACAGCAUCUUCAUUAGAUUUAUAGAAGAUGUGCAGAAGAUCCAAGAUUGUGUGGACGAAGUGGCCAGCAGUGAGUCUCCUAUAGGAGAUGAUGUUUUACCAGGAGAUAAAGCUGUAAAACUGGUUGCACAUACUGGAGUUGUGGGCAAAAGUAUUAAUGGCCUUGUGGAAGGAGCUUCAGCUGUAAAAGCGCUCAGAAGUGAGGAGAUGAUUGCAGAAGCAGUUAAUCUGGGGCUUCAGGAAGCGAAAGCAGGUCGGAGCAUCAAAGGACUGGCUGCAGAUCUUCCAGACAUUGGGAAGCUUGCUAAAGGAACUCCUCUGGCCUUCUCCAAGACAGCCAGGACGGGGUUCAUAACUGUAAAUGCCCUCCUUAUUGGUCUGGACGUCCUGUUUAUCUGUAAAGACAGUAUCAGUUUGUCCAAAGGAAGCAGAAAAAAAGUGGCUCAGCUCAUUCACUCCAGAUCCGUUCUGUGGCGCUCAGAAGUGGAGGCGUGGAAGAAGAUCCAUGACCAUUUGUGUAACGCAACAUCAUGCUUUAAUAACAAUCAGGAAAUCCUAGAGCAGCCUUUCACUUUUAUGGAAUAGUUUUGACCAAAAUAUUGAUUAUUUGUAUUGAAUAUGAAUCAUUGCAGAUCCUCCUGUUAUCUUAAAGGUUUGGGAUAAAAUGUUCAUGCUGUUAACAGAAAUCAGACAGAACAAAACUUUCACAUUUUGUACAUCUUCAGUUCUGCAUCUGCUUCAGUGUGUUGAACUGCUCUGGGUCUGAAUCAUUAACUUCAACAUCUUCUACUUAUAUAGUGCUUCAUUUCUUCUGUUUAAAUGGACAUUUAUAAAGUUCCUCUGAUGUGUGAUUUAUAAUGAAAAUGUUUUUCUCAUAUGUUUUGAUAUGAGAGAAAACUACAGAGUUUAGAAAAGUGAAACAUGUUUAUUAAAGUUUAUUAAUUAUUUAUAAAUCCCCA